UGCGGUCCACGUGGGUGACGCACGGGGCCACGCCCCCACCUGGGGACAGACGCGGAAGCGGCGGCGCCCCUAGGGGAAGAUGGCGCCCUCGGGGCUGAAGGCCGUCGUGGGGGAAAAAAUUCUGACCGGAGUCAUUCGGAGCGUCAAAAAGGAUGGGGAGUGGAAGGUGCUCAUCAUGGACCACCCAAGCAUGCACAUCUUAUCAUCCUGCUGCAAGAUGUCAGACAUCGUAGAUGAGGGCGUCACCCUUGUUGAAGACAUCAACAAACGUCGAGAGCCCAUCCCCAGCCUGGAGGCCAUUUAUUUGCUGAGCCCCACGGAGAAGUCGGUGCACGCCCUAAUCGCAGACUUCCAGAGGACCCCAACCUUCAUCUACAAAGCAGCACAUAUCUUCUUCACCGACACCUGUCCGGAGCCCCUCUUCAAUGAACUGGGUCGCUCCCGUGUGGCAAAGGUGGUGAAGACGCUGAAAGAGAUCCACCUUGCUUUCCUCCCCUACGAAGCCCAGGUGUUCUCCCUGGAUGCCCCCUACAGCACCUACAACCUCUACUGUCCCUACCGGGCCGAGGAGCGGACACGGCAGCUGGAGGCACUGGCCCAGCAGAUCGCCACACUGUGUACCACACUGCAGGAGUACCCGGCCAUCCGCUACCGAAAGGGCCCAGAAGACAUGGCACAGCUGGCCCAUGCUGUCCUGGCCAAGCUGAACGCCUUCAAGGCACACACUCCCAGUCUGGGCGAGGGCCCUGAAAAAACCCGCUCACAGCUACUAAUCAUGGACCGGGCUCAUGAUCUUGUGUCCCCACUGCUGCAUGAGCUAACGUUCCAGGCCAUGGCCUAUGACCUGCUGGACAUCGAGCAGGACACGUACAAGUAUGAAACCACAGGACUGACCGAGGCCCGUGAGAAGGCCGUGCUGCUGGACGAGGAUGACGACCUGUGGCUGGAGCUGCGGCACAUGCACAUCGCGGACGUGUCCAAGAGGGUCCCAGAGCUUCUGAAGACAUUCUGUGAGAGCAAGAGGCUGUCCACGGACAAGGCCAACAUCAAAGACCUGUCCCACAUACUGAAAAAGAUGCCGCAGUACCAGAAGGAGCUGAGCAAGUACUCCACGCACCUGAAUUUAGCCAACGACUGCAUGAAGCGCUUUAAGGGCUCUGUGGAGAAACUGUGCGGUGUGGAGCAGGAUUUGGCCAUGGGCUCCGAUGCAGAGGGCGAGAAGAUCAAGGACGCCAUGAAGCUGAUCGUGCCCGUGCUGCUGGAUGCAGCAGUGCCGGCCUACGACAAGAUCCGGGUCCUGUUGCUCUACAUCGUUCUGCGGAAUGGCGUGAGUGAGGAAAACCUGGUCAAGCUGAUCCAGCACGCCAACGUGCAGGCGCACAGCAGCAUCAUCCUGAACCUGGAGCGGCUGGGCGGCACUGUCAGCACCCUUGUGGGCUCUGGGACCCCACGCCGGCUGCAGCGGAGGGAGCGCUCGGAGCCCACCUACCAGCUGUCUCGCUGGACCCCUGUCAUCAAGGAUGUGAUGGAGGAUGCCGUGGAGGACCGGCUUGACACAGAGCUGUGGCCCUUCGUGUCCGCCCCCGCCCCCACACCCAGUUCCCAGGCUGCUGUCAGCGCCCGCUUCGGCCAUUGGCACAAGAAUAAAGCAGGCGUGGAGACACGCACAGGAUCCCGGCUUAUCAUCUACAUCGUGGGUGGCGUGGCCAUGUCAGAGAUGAGGGCUGCGUAUGAGGUGACCAGGGCCACAGAUGGCAAGUGGGAGGUGCUCAUUGGUGAGUUAUGACUGGGGUGUACCCGGCCAGAGCAGGGCCUGGCGCCGGAUUCCCCCAUGCCUGGGUACCCGGGGAUAUGCUGGACUACCAACUUUUGUGGGUGGGCUGACCACCAGCCUCCGGCGGGAUACCCAAAGCCUGGAACCUAUGCAGGGCUUGUGUCUGGGAGGCCUGGGUGAGGGGACAUAGUCGUACUUCUGUGUUUCUAAGGGGUCUAGACUCCUGCGUCCCCACAGUCAAUUCCGGAGUUCCCAGGGACCCCGGUUGGAGGGUCCCCAGGCAGUGACCCCACCUCCCCACCCCUGUGCUCCUGCCCGGGGUCCUCGCACGCACGUCCUCACUCCUACACGCUUCCUGGAUGACCUCAAGAUGCUGGACCAGAAGCUGGACGACAUUCCUCUACCCUGACCCCCCCCAGCUCCGCCCUGGCCUGCGCCCUCCCUUACCAGAGAAAUAAACACUGCCUGCUCUCUCCAG